AUGGUGCAGUUCACCUACCGAGACCUCGUGAUCUCGCUGCCAUCCGGCGUCAACGCCACCGUCACCGACGAGGGCGUGCUCGAGAUACGGGGCCUCUCUCGGGCCGCUCCGAUCCGGAUGAAGCCGUGCGACGACGAAAGAGUGAUCAGCUCUUCAUGCACUCCCAGCGAGCGUCCGUUGCCGGCAAGCGGCACCCUGCACAAGCGCGCGCGCACAACCGCACCUUUGGGCUGCGGUAGCGUGCCGCUCUCGAGCGUCGACGGCGGCGACAUGGACGAGAGUGCGUCCUGUGGAGAGGCGGUGGCGCCGCCCGUCUACCCCAACGGCGGCUGCAGCGACAGCGACGAGGAGUGCGGAGGCGGCGAGCAGGCACACGACGGGUGCCCCUCCGAUGACGACGAGCACCCCGCGGCGGUGACCAGCCAGGGGCUGUGGAAUGCGGCCAAGGCGGUGUUGGACGAAGGUGCGGAGAAGGCCGAGGUGCCGCCUCCGGUGCUCCCGCCGACGGCCUCGUUGCACGCCUUCCCCUUCCCUCCCGAGGCACCGCUGCGGCGGUGGGAGUGGCGCCCGGUGGAGACGACCGGCCCAACGCCGCCCGCCCGCUGGGCGCACUGCGCCGCUGCUCUCGGAGGCAAGAUGCUCGUGUACGGCGGCGAGGCCCUCUCCGCAGCGGGCGCCGACGGCCCGCCGCAGCUGAGCGACCUGCACGCGUUUGACGCCGCCAGCGGCGAGUGGAGGCGCUGCCAGGACGCGCCGCACGGCCGCGCGUGGCACACGGGUACCGUGGUGCGCGGCUCGCUCGACGGCUCGUCGGACAUCUUCCUUGUCUUCGGUGGCGAGGCGGCGCGGCAGGCGGGCGGAGCCAAGGGCAAGGCCGCGGCGGGAGGCAAGCCGCAGUCGCUCUCCUCGAUGCUCUCGUACGACCCGGAGUUUGAGGCGCACAGGGCUUGGGAGGGCCCGGCCCUCGCCCCGUGCCCUCCGCCCGGUCCGGCCACGCCGCCUGGCCUGCACUAG